AUGAAUCGCAGCAGUCAUGUGAAAAGUGGAUAGACUGCAUUUAAAGUGUUGAAUUUCUUCUUGAGAUCAAAGAAACCAAGCUAAGUUGUGCCUGAAAGAAGACAUUUCGAACAUGAUGAGAUUAAAAAAAUAUUUAGAAGAUGUCUUAUAAGAUUACGAACAAUAUACAUUUUGAAUUAAGUGACUAAAGAAAUAGUCACUUAUGGGACGUCUUCUAAUCUCUAUGACAUUUCAACCAGGGACAGACCUGCUUUACAAAAAUAUCUGUUUCCAUUAUCGAAGUCAUAGGAUCAAGAUGAUGAUCAACUUGAGUUUCCAAUAAUACAUCCAAAUUCAAUCUUCAGGUAAAUUUGGAAUGGAAUCUUUUUAUUGAUGAUGAUUUAUAAGUUGCUUAUUGAAUUAAUUUUAGUUUCAUUUUAUCUUGACAAUGAAGUUUAAGCUUGGUAUAUCGCAGACAUUGUAACAGAUGUAUUGUUUUGGCUUGAUUUGAUAAUCAGCUUUUUAUCAGGCUAUUACGAUGAAGAGGGGAAACUGGUGAAGAAGAGAAAGAUUAUAUUCAUGAACUAUUUGAAAGGAUGGUUCACAGUUGAUUUAAUAUCAUGUCUCCCUUUAAACUACGUAUUGGAUGGAGUGCAAUCUGAAAAUGGAAAUAUGAAAUCACAGAACAUCAAGCUGUUUAAAUUGCUAAAACUACCACGCAUGUAUAGAUUGUUUAAAAUAAUUCGAUUUAUUGAUAUGAUGAAAUAUCUAGGAAUUUCAGAGAUCAUGGAAUUCUUUUAAUUUAAUUAUGGAUUCUCCAGAUUAUUGUCACUUCUAAUUUCUGUCUGUUUAGUAAUUCAUUUAUCAGGAUGUCUAUGGUUUUAUGUUGCAGCAUUCAAUGAUUUUGAUUCAUACACAUGGGUAUCUAGAAAUGACUUAACAUCAUCAGCUAUCCAAACUAAAUAUAUAGCAAGUAUAUACUAUGCAUUUACUACUUUAACAACAGUUGGAUAUGGAGAUAUCCAUUCAUUCUCCUCGGCUGAGAUGAUCAUUACAAUCUUCUUAAUGGUAGUUGGAGUUGGAUUUUAUUCUAUGAUUAUUGGUUUGCUUUCUAGCAUCCUUUCACAGAUAGAUUACAAAGGCCAUAAACUUCAAUAGCAACAAGCAAUUCUAAACGAGUUUUGUAUUGAAAAGAAAAUAUCAUUGAAUUUAAGAGAAAAAUUGAAGGAAACUCUUUAAUAUAGCUUUGAUAAGAAUUGUUUCACGUGGGCAGAUAAUAAAUACAUCUUUAAGGAUCUUCCUAUUAAUCUUAGAUAUGAUAUUAUUAUGAACAUCCAUAAUGGAGUAUUUGGAAACAUGCAACUAUUUUAAUUGGUGGAUGACAAAUAAUUCUUAGUGAAGGUGGUUCCUUUGUUGAAACCUAUUUUAUUUUUAGAAUCUGAAAUUAUAUGGGAACAAAAUAGUAAUCCUGAUGCGAUUUACUUUAUUGCUGAGGGUAGAAUGAAUUUCAAGGCUGACUUCAUUGUUAUCAAAUAAACUAAUCAAAAAAAAUAGUUUGCUUUUAAAAGUAUGAUUGGAGGAUCAUACUUUGGAGAAAUAGAAAUAUAUCUACAUACUAAGAGAGAAACAGUAGCCUAAUGUGAAUCACAAUGUGAAAUGUACUAUCUGACUAUAACAUCAUUUGAAAACGAGAUCUACGAUGAUUUCCCUCAUAUCAUGAAUAAAAUGAGGAAGAUUGCUUUAGAAAGAAGACAAAAGAAUCUCGAGACAAUACAACAAUUAUAAUAAUUUAUUGAUGAUGCGACCAAGAAAUAAUUAAAAAGAACAUAACCAAGGAAAAAUACUGUUCUAUUAAGAGAAUAUAUUAAGCAAAGCAGUCAAAAGACUUUAGAGGAUAUGAAGCCAAUUGAUUAUCAACAGGAGACUGAGAAUCCUUAAAUAUCUACUAAUAGAUUGAAACUUCAAGAUCUAUUCCUAAUCACCUAAGAGAUAGAACAAUUACUAGAAUGA